CGGAGUGACUGCUCAUAGGCACGCGGGCAGGGAAUCCGUCAACACAAGGUAACCUGGCUUUAAUUAUCCACUCCAGCUGUGAAAACGUGACAUCUGCGCCGGGUGAAAAGAGUGUGUGGAGCCGGAGAGCGCCAGAGCCCCGAGCCAGAGAGCGCCAGAGCCCCGAGCACAGAGAGCGCCAGACCCCCGAGCACAGAGAGCACCAGAGACCCGAGCGCCACAGCCCCGAGCACAGAGAGCCAGCACGCACCAGACACUCACCACACAGGCUCCGGCUCAGGCAUGGUGCUGGUGUUCGACCCCCUGCUGAAGGAUGAGGGGCCCCAACCUUUACUCAUCCAGGCCCCCAGAGAAGCCCCAAGAGAGGCCCUCAACCCGGGGCCUGACCUGGUCCCGCCCCCUCGUCAGAGAUCAGACUCCGCCUCCUCUGACCGUAGCUCCAGCUCUGUUCACUCCGGCUCCAACCUGGACUCUGCAGGCUCCUCAUACAGGGGCAGGCUCGGCUCCGGGGCCUCAGACAAGAGCCAGGGGCCACUCCAGCGCAGCCGCCUAGAUUCAGGGGCCUCAGACAAGAGUCAGGAGCCACUCCAGCGCAGCCGCCUAGACUCAGGGGCCUCAGACAAGAGCCAGGGGCCAAUCCCACGUGGCCGUUUGGAUUCAGGGGCCUCAGAUAAGAGCCAGGGGCCACUCCAGCGAAACCGUCUUGAUUCAGGGGCCUCAGAUAAGAGCCAGGGGCCACUCCAGCGAAACCGUCUUGACUCAGGGGCCUCAGACAAAAGCCAGGGGCCACUCCAGCGAAACCGUCUUGACUCAGGGGCCUCAGACAAAAGCCAGGGGACACUCCAGCGCAGCCGCCUUGAUUCAGGGGCCUCAGAGCACAGUGUGGGCUCCGUGUCCCGGACAAGAACCAGGAUGGACUCUGACCCCUCAGACCCCGGGCCCCGCCCCAGACUGGGCUCAGCGGCCUCUGAGCAUAGUGCCAGUGUUUGCUCAGAUGAGAAGGGCCCCUCUGAGGAGCCCACACCUGUGACCAAUGGCUCCACUCACUGCACAGACUCUGAGGGAGAGAGUGCGGGCCCCGCGGUGAGGGCCUCCGCACCGCACGACCAGCCUGAUGGGGCCGGGCUUUCCAGGCAGGGGCCAAAAACCGGACUGACCAACGGCGGUCUGAAGGGCCGCUCAGACUUCCUCAACCAGAAGAUCAUCAGCAGCUCCCUGAGCAACGGGAAACCCAAAGACGCAGUCCUGGAACACUUCAGCCGCACCAACUCAGUCCGGGACCGGCUGCGCAAAUACACAGAGAGCACCCAGAGCACCCAGAGCGCCCAGAGCGCCCCCUACAGGAGCAGCCCGGCCCCCAGGAUCAACCCUCCCACUGACAGGACGCCCCGGAGAGAAGCGAACCCGCCUGCGGAGCCCGUGUCCUCCCUCGGCCAAUCGGAGAGCUCGGGAGGCGGGGCCGGGCCGGCGGGAGAAAAGCACGGGGCCGAGGAGGAGCAGGCCCCAGGGAGCAGAGCAGACGCAGACAUGAAGACGUUCCUCACCAUCGAGAUCAAGGACGGGCGCGCGGGAGGCUCCCAGGGGCCCAGGAACAACCCGGGGCCCCUCUCCAGCAUGGGGGCCCUCGGCAGCGUGACCCCCCGCAUCAACACCAGCGCUCUGGGACAGAGGACAGGGUUACCUGGUUCUCCCUGGAAGCUGACUGUGAUGUCCAGGUUGCAAGACAAAAUCAUCAGCAGCUCCCUGAGCAACGGGAAACCCAAAGACGCAGUCCUGGAACACUUCAGCCGCACCAACUCAGUCCGGGACCGGCUGCGCAAAUACACAGAGAGCACCCAGAGCACCCAGAGCGCCCAGAGCGCCCCCUACAGGAGCAGCCCGGCCCCCAGGAUCAACCCUCCCACAGACAGGACGCCCCGGAGAGAAGCGAACCCGCCUGCGGAGCCCGUGUCCUCCCUCGGCCAAUCGGAGAGCUCGGGAGGCGGGGCCGGGCCGGCGGGAGAAAAGCACGGGGCCGAGGAGGAGCAGGCCCCAGGGAGCAGAGCAGACGCAGACAUGAAGACGUUCCUCACCAUCGAGAUCAAGGACGGGCGCGCGGGAGGCUCCCAGGGGCCCAGGAACAACCCGGGGCCCCUCUCCAGCAUGGGGGCCCUCGGCAGCGUGACCCCCCGCAUCAACACCAGCGCUCUGGGACAGAGGACAGAGCUGACCCUGGGCCUCAGAGCCACUCCAUUUAAGAUCUCCUCCUCCACCUUCUCCUCUGCGCCCUCCAUCAAGAUGGAGACAGAGCCCAUCGUGGCCUCUGAGCCUGUGUUCUCGGCCCCUCCCUCGGUGCAGGUGGGACGGCCCGCGGCUGACCUGCCCAACGGCUCCAGUGCCCCGCCCCCUGUCACAGCCACGCCCGCCGCCAAAGCAGAGGAGCGCCCCGCCAAAGUGACCCCCGAGACGCUGGCCGCCAUCGAGGACGAGGAGCUGCUCGACAAAAUGCUGGAUGAGUCCAAAGACUUUGAGGAAAGGCGGCUGAUCCGCGCCGCCAUGAGGGACCUGAGGAAGAGGAAGAGAGACCAAAGGGAGAAGGAGAGAGAGAGCCGCCUGCAGGAGCUCCGGCAGCAGAGGGACCAGAAGACGGCGUCCAGAGGGGGGGCGGGGACAGGUGCGGGGGCGGGGACAGGGGAGGUGGUCAUCAGGAAGCUGGAGAAGUCCGCUGAUGGAAACACGCUCAGCCAAGUGACCAAGACGGAGAGAUUCGCACAGUCCGAUGAUGGGAGCAGGUCCAGUCGCAGCACAGUGGUGGAGACCAGUUAUGUUCAGAAAACUGACAGGGGAACCGUCCAGUCCAAAUCCUACAGCUACUCCUCUUCAUCAUCCUCCUCUACCUCCAUGUCGUCCAACACCAAGAAAGUGGGCAGUGUGUUUGACCGUGAGGACGACAGCCUGUCCCGGGGCGGAGGUCUGGCUGCGAUGGAGAGGAGGCAGGCGGAGAGGAGGAAGGAGCUGAUGAGGGCUCAGACCAUGCCCAAAGCCUCGUCCAUGCAGGCGCGCAAGGCCAUGAUAGAGAGGCUGGACAAGGACGCCACGCCCGGCUCUGGAGGUCCAGGUGUGGUGAAGAUCAACAGGGUCCAGCGUUCCACCAGCUUCGGAGUCCCCAACGCCAACUCCAUCAAACAAAUGCUUCUGGACUGGUGCAGGGCCAAGACUCGCUCCUACGAGCACGUGAACAUCCAGAACUUCUCGUCCAGCUGGAGCAACGGCAUGGCCUUCUGCGCCCUGGUCCACCACUUCUUCCCCGAGGCCUUCGACUACAGCUCCCUCAACCCCUCUGAGCGCAGACACAACUUUGACCUGGCCUUCUCCACGGCCGAGAAAAUGGUGGACUGUCCUCAGCUGUUGGACGUGGACGACAUGGUGAAGAUGCGUGAGCCUGACUGGAAGUGCGUGUACACCUACCUGCAGGAGUUCUACCGGGGGCUGGUGACCAAGGGGCUGGUCAAAACCCGGGGCAACAGCUAGACCACCCCGCCCCUCCCCCCAAAACAUGGACGUAUGCUAAGUGCAUGCCUCUGCUGGAGGUGGAGGACAUGAUGAUCAUGGGGAACAAGCCUGACUCAAAGUGUGUCUUCACCUACGUCCAGUCUCUGGUCAACCACCUGCGGCGCGUGGAGAUGUCCCGGGGGCUGCCCUCUGACCUCUGACCCCUCACCUCUGCACCGUCUCACUCCACCAUCCAAAGCUGAAAUGUCACUAAAGCUUUAUGAGUGCUUCAUGCACCUGUCACUCUGCUCAUGGAUAGAAUAGAAACGAUAGAGUUCAGUGACUUGAAUUCACUUAUGUAACAACAACAUUUAGAAUGUGCUUUAAAGUUUGACAAGUUUCUCAGAAGCGCUUCAGUUAUACAUCACCCCCCCCCGCCCCCACCCCACUGUGGGAAAGUACACACAGCUGCCCUGGGGCAGACUGAUGCAAACAUGGCUGGCAUUUCUACAAUCACUACAGAUACUCACUCAAAAGCAAGGUGUCCUUCCCAGUGACACUUUAAGUGCUCAUGGGGACAAGGAAACCAAACUCUCAGAUUUGGACACAAAUAUCUUUAAACAAGUCAUAUAAGUAAGUCAUGAGUCAAUCUCAACUAUGAUUCCCGACUCUUCUCAAGUGCAGUGACUUGCACAUGUUCCCUUUAACAGUGCACACUGUACUUUGAGCGUGCACGAUGAGCACACACACUGAGCACACAGACUGAGCACACACACUGAGCACACACACUGACCUUUAGUUUGACAGAGCAGUCUGUCGUGUGUGAAGCCUUUGGUAUUCUUCAGGCUGCGCUCACACUCAGUCUGCACAGCUCCUUAACACUAACGUUGACCUGAACAAAGAUCAUCUGUGUGGUGUAUAGUCCUGCUCUGUGGUCAUCCUGACCUGUGUCCAGCAUCAUGUCCCUCCACUGACAUUAAAGGUGCACUGUGUCACUUUCCUGGUGGGCUGUUUGUUAAAGAAAGAGAGAAGAGAGAGGUUUUUUAAGCUUUCUACAAACAUGCCUGAAGAGGUUUUACAUGUCUCUGUUCAACACUCCACCCACAAGCCCACAUCACCCAUGCUCCCCAGACAGGCUCUCCUCUCUACAGAUAUGACCUGUAACUCACACCUGUCUCCAUGGAAAUAAUAGAUAGUUAAUUAAUUCCAUACAACAUUCAAUAUUCAAGAAAAACCUUGUCCCUCCUGCAGAAAUGUUACAUAAUGCACCUUUAAAGACCAGUAUAAAACGAACCCAAGCUUUAGACUCACCGUCUUCUUUCAGCUCCACUUCUGUGUCAGGCCAACUCAAACUGCUGUAUAUAGAACGCAGAAAUAUUAUUAUAUUCUUCAAUAUUGCAGCUCACAAUUUUGAAAUCUUUUUAAACUUAAAAUUGUUGUCACUUUUUUUUAAAGUUUUCUUUGUCCUGUCUCUUCACUAAACGUUUGUACGCACACUUGAGAGGGGCUGUCCAAUAUGAGAACUGAUAUAUUUGAAACUUUCUGCACAGAUUUCAUAAGCUUAUUUAAAAUCUUAACGGAAUAUUCAUAGAAAAUAUUGGUAUUUAGGUUUUCGGGUUGCUAUGACGACAUAUUGCUCAGCCCUUAUCAAACCUCUGCGCUUUCCUAACUUUCCGGUACUUUAUCCAACACAGCUUGAAAUUGUUUUUAAAAUUAUUUAUACAUUAUGAUUUUACCAAGCUAAGAGCAAAGACACUUUGUUUUGACCGUGCCUGUUCAGAUUUAAAUAUUUAAUUCAUUUUGAAUUCCAUCAGAAGUGCCCUCACGGAUCACGGCUAUUUUAAAUGUAUUUAUCAUAGAUUUUAGAAGUUUUAUAUUUUGGAUUAGCAUGUACAUGGUUCUGAUUUUGUGUUUAAUUUGGAUAGAUAUUUGUGAGUGAAAGAGGCUGUACAUUUAGAAGAAACUAAAGGAUUUGAGUAUAGUGUUUUCAGACGGUUUAAAGUGAGUCUGUUGGGCUGUGUAUAUAGAAGCAUAUGUCACGUGUCUUCACCACUUCAUUUGUAAAUGAAUAAUUAAACUCUCUUGAGAAUUU